AUGUCCGAACGCAAGAGAAUCUACUACACCUAUAAGACCAUCGAGGCAUACGAGAAAUACGAUGACCAGGUGCGGAAGAUCAUCACAGAGGAUACCAAACGGGAAGUGUGGAUUUGCAAUCGGGCUCUGCCUCCUACUUGCUACCCUCCCGAAGUGUCCCCCGAUACUAUCAAGAAGCUGAAGGAUCUGAGUGAUGAUAUCGUUGUUAAGGAGUUGGAGGAGUAG